AUGGCAACGAAUAUGGACCUGAACCCCGUCUCUUCUGUGGCAUUCGGCAAGACAGAAGUCGGUGUUCACGGGCAAGCAGGUUUUGCAACUGUCGAACAGGGUAAUACCAUUCCCACAAGUGGAGAGCGCAAGACCACUACACGCCUUGAAUACUGGGCUUUCUGUCUGUACAACUGGGCCGGAACUGGAGUCGGUGUGGGCAACUAUGCCGGUGCCCUGCAACAAAGCCUCACGGAGCUGGCCUUUCCAAGCGGCUACUUGAAUUGGGGUGGCCAGAGAACAUCCGUCAACUCUUUUAUCCUCGAUAUUAGCGGCAUCACCUUCGCCGUCCAGCUGGUCGUGCUUCUUAUGACUGGACCGUACGCCGACUAUGGCUCGUGGAGACCAUGGAUUCUCAUAUUCUGGACCGUCGUCGCCGUCGCUAGUUCGUUCGCCUUCUUUGGCUUCACCCAGCCAUCAACCUGGGCCCUGGCUUCAGGGUUCUACAUCUUGGGAAAUGUAGCCCUCACUGCCACGGGGGCUUUCUAUCUCGCCGCGUUCCCCAACUUAGUGCGAGACCUUCCUAAGAUGCAGGAGUCGGAGCGUCAAGUUCUUCAGGGUGCAAAGAGUCCUGAAGCGCAUGCGGACCUCGAGACAAUGGAGCGCUCUAAGAUAUCGAACAUCAGCUUCAUAUUUUCCGGAUUCGGCUCCUGCGUGUCCAUCGCGCUUGCCUUUGCGAUCUCGUAUGGUAUAGGAUACCAGACUCAGGAACAAGACAACAAAGUGUAUGCCAUUACGAUCGGCUACUUCGGUAUCUUGUGGAUUGUCACCUCUGUGCCGUGGUUUCUGGUCGAGCAGUACCGGCCCGGUCAGAAGCUGCCUCCCGGGACGAACUGGCUCACAGUCGGCCCGAAGCAGGUGUGGGAGGCCGCCAAGAAUGUCACACAUCUCAAGCAGACAUUCAUCUACAUCGCCGCAUACUUCCUGAUCAAUGACUCGAUAAACACAUCGGGCACUGUGGUCAACAUUCUCCAGAACAACGCCAUCGAGUUCGACACGGUGACUUACAGUGGACUUUUCUGUGUCGUGUAUGGAACCGUCUUUAUCGGCCUGUUCGGCAACAUGUGGAUCCAGAAAUUUUUCAACAUUUCACCGAGAUGGAUGUACUUCUGGAACUCCGCGGCCGGUGUCUUUAUCUCCCUCUGGGGCGUGGUCGGUAUCUGGACGCACAAGAUCGGCUACCACAACGUUUGGGAGUUCUGGUUCUACCAAGCCUGGACAGGUGGCGCCUCGGCGGGUGUGCAAUCCUAUGCGGCGACCGUGAUGGCUGAAGUCUCGCCUGCUCCUAAGAUGUACAUCUUCUUCGCACUCUUCAACACCCUCGGCAAGACUUCGGGCUUCAUUGGACCGUACAUUGUCAGCGCUAUUGCAAACGAUGCCCAUGGCAAUAACAAUGUGGGCUUCUACUUCACCUUCUUCACUGGCUUGGUCGGGCUUAUCUUGCUGUUAUUCUUGGAUACCGACAAGGCGAAGGAGGAUAACGCCAAGUAUCUUGAGAAGGAGCCUUACAUAGUCUAG